CAUAGAAAGCGACCACCUCCUGUGAUGGCCACAAGGCUUUAAACAUGGAGAGAGAAAUCGGCCGGGGCAUGGUGUCGCCCUGUAGCUACACUUGUUUGUCGUCCCAAGUGAAAGCCAAGGCGUCGGAUGUGGCUGGGCAGCGGGUUGGGCUGGGGUUUCGGCGGAGUGGGCAAGAGCAGGGUCGUAGGAGCCGCGCGCAAACCCUGAGGCAGGACCUUGGGAAAACCACCACUAGACUGCGAGUACGGCCGUUGUUGCACCGCUUGGACCAAGGCGGCAUGUUUCGCCUCGAGCUCCCGGGCCAAUACGAAGGAAUCGGCCAAGAUAACUGUCGCAAAAUCUCGAGAUGUGAAAUCGCAAAACAAAUGUGGGAAAAAUUGGAGGUCACCUACGAAGGAACCGCGCAGGUUCGGGAGGCCAAAAUCGACCACUUCACUCACGAGUAUGAACUUUUCUCUAUGAAAGAAAACGAGAAGAUUGAGGAAAUGUUUGAGAGGUUCUCUAACAUCAUCAACCCUCUCAAUCUUCUCGGGAAGACAUACACCGACCGUGAGCUCGUGAGAAAGGUGCUACGAAGCUUAUCCCCAAAAUGGUGUUCAAAGGUGGACACAAUUGAAGAAGGUUGUGACUUCCAAACAAUGACAUAUGAUGCUCUUCGAGGUAAUAUCAUUACCUACAAAACCACCCAACUCUCAAAGGUGGUUGAAGAGAGGAGCAAGAGGUCUAUUGCUCUACCCGCAACUACAUCAACCCACAACAAUGUUGAUGAUGAAGAUGAUGACAACGACGACACCGACCUCGGAGUAUUUGUCCGAAAAUUCAAGAAGAUGAUGCUCAAGAAGGGAGCCAAGAAGAACACUUCACCCAAGUGCUAUGGGUGUGGUGAAAUUGGACACAUCAAACCAAUGUGUCCGAAGCUCAAGAACGAGAAGGACAAGAGGGCACCGAAGAAGCAACAUGCCUACAUUUCUUGGGAAAACGAUGACUCCAGGAGUGAAGACUCGGAAACGGAGGAAGUGCCCAACUUGUGUCUCAUGGCCAUUGAGGAUGGUGAAACAUCAAAAGAGGUCUGCUUGAAGGCUUCGAGUACCUCUUGGUAUCUCGAUAGCGGAUGCUCCAAGCACAUGACCAGAGACGCAUCCAAAUUUAGGAGUUUAGAAUAUUUCAAAGGUGGCAAUGUCGUUUUUGGUGACAACAACAAAGGAAGGAUCAUUGGAAGUGGCACCGUCGGGAGAGACAAUGCUACAACCGUUGAGAACGUUCUUCUUGUUAAGGGCCUCAAGCACAACCUUCUUAGCAUUAGCCAAUUGUGCGAUACAGGUUCUUUUGACGAUGAAGAAGAAAUCAUUAAGGAAAAAGAACCGGAAGAAGAGAAAACGCAGGAGCAAAUGGAGCUUCCUAAAGAGUGGAGAACGUUGAAGAAUCACCCGAUUGACAAUGUCAUUGGUGACAUAACGCAGGGAGUUUCUACUCGUAAUUAUCUUAGGAACACAAUUAAUCACAUGGCCUUUGUUUCUCAAAUUGAACCAACAACCGUUUUGGAUGCUAUUAAUGAUGAACAUUGGUCUAUGGCAAUGCAAGAGGAGCUUAACCAAUUUAAACACAAUGAUGUUUGGGAAUUGGUGCCUAGACCUAAUGAUCAUUCCGUUAUUGGCACAAAAUGGGUGUUUCGUAACAAACUNUCUUAGGAACACAAUUAAUCACAUGGCCUUUG